AGAAGAGAGUUCGAGAGUUGAACAGGUGGGGCAAAACGUGACAACAAACGACUCUAAAUCGUCAUACAGACAAGAAGAAGAAUGGACUUCCUCCUGCUGUCCACCCUGUACUUGGGUGUGUUCAUCGUCCUGACAUACGUACUCUGGUUUGGGAACAGUUCAUUUCACAGGCGGGGCUAUGUGGGCAAGCUGAGGAGGACAAUCAUUAAGGGAAGCUACUGGUGUUUCCACCAUUGUCUACCAUCCAUUUUUAGAAGACAGAUUGAAAACCUGUGGCUCUACGCAGCUUACACAAGAAACCCACUUUUCCAAUGCCUGUAUAUCAUUCUGGUUGUAUCCGGCUUUUCCACCUUCCAGCUUGAUGUCCUACACUACGCUGCUCUAUAUGAGUCCCCCGCCCUCCCCCUCUACCAGAAACUACCCCUCUACAUCCUGAGUGUCAAUGCUGUGCUGUUCUGUGCUCUAAGCAUGGGAGAUCCUGGAGUGAACAAAGAAAACGUGGAGAAACAUCUUAAGUUGUACGUAGAUGGGCGGCUUUACAGAGGGAGUGAACACUGCCGGACUUGUCAGUUUGAAAAACCAGCCAGGUCCAAACACUGUGCAUUUUGUAACCACUGUGUGUACCGGUUUGACCACCACUGCCUGUGGGUGAACUGCUGUGUUGGUGGGCUGAACCACCGUCUGUUCCUGGGCUUCCUGGCCAGUCUGUGCUGCUUGUGUGGCUACAUUUCCUAUGCAACCUGCAAGGUGGCGCUGCUGAUAGUGGAAGCCAACAAGCUGUGGUCUGCCCAUUAUGUGGACCGCUAUGGGAGACCUCAGCCCAUGGACCUACGCACUUUGUGCCAGUACCUGUUCAUGCAGCAUCCAAGGAUGAUCUUCCUCCUGAUUUCUCUCAGUGCUCUCACCGUACUACUCGUUGGUUUUACUCUAUACCAUCUGUACCUCACCCUCAACAAUGUCACCACCAACGAACUCUACAAGAAACCUGCUUCUCAGCAACAACAACAACAACAACAACAACAACAACAGGACAAAAACAGUACCACAAAAGGAAAAGUGCGACAUAAGACAAAGCAAACAAAACAACAUGAAGAAGAAGGUAGUCAGAGAAAGACAAAAUUUACUGUAAAAUGUCAACAUCGUAGAUGGAAUCCUUACCACAGAGGAUACUUUCAGAAUGUUUGUGAGGUCCUCUGGCCACUUGCGAGGAAAAGAUGAUAAUGUAAUGUAUACAUUUA